AUGUCUGUCACAACUCCACCAAGCUCGCAACUUUCUUAUUUGGACGGAUUAAAAACCCUGUUUUUGCAACAACUUUGUGUCCAUCGAGAAGAAUAUGGCAAACCAGGUGAUAUGAUUGAGAACUUUAAGGUGUCAGCUGUAUACACAUAUAGCCUGAAAAAUUGGUUUGACGAAAAUUGGAAAAUCUGGGAGGAACCAAAGCCAGUGGUAAAGCGAAAAUUAAGCUUUAGUGAUGAUUUCGAAUCUUGGGGAGAUGAUGAUGAUGACGAUACAACUAUGUCAGAAAAAAAGCAAAGUGUACAACAGUUGUACGAACCUGAAGUACAUCAAUUACAAUUUGGAUCUUUAAACGAUCCCCUCAGGUCCCUGACAUUAAGUGCAUUAUUUCCUUUAUCUCAAGACACUUUGUUUGAUGAUGCGUAUCAAACCAAUAUGGAUGCGCUAACAGCAAAGCAAUGGCAGAUAUCACGCGAACUUGCACCCAAAUCUCAACAAAGAGCCUACCUAUCCACCCUGUUAGAACAAGCGAUUGGUUCGUGGAAUAAAGAUCCUUCAAAUAAGGACUAUAUCGCAUCAUAUGAUGAUAGUAACGAUGACUCAAUCAGCGAAAGUAUUAGUUUAAUGCGAAACUUAUUUGCACCAGCAAAUAGUCAUACAAUGGGAAGCGGAGACCAGCAAGUCAAUUUUUUUAAAUCAGAUCAGGUGGAUAACGUAAUCAAUGCAUUGUUUGAAUCGAUGCAAUCGCCCAUUGAAGAAGAAACUGCCACAAAAGGAUUUUUAUCAACAAAGCAAUUAUGUUUACGAUUGAAAACUGGAUCUUCUGUACCUUAUCGCUCAUUUUUAUGGAAUUUGAUGUUAUAUACACUUGAGGAGGCUUCACCGACAUCGGAAAAUGGGAAAAAGCAGAACGCUUCAAACUUUUUAGGCUUUUUAAAGAUUAUCUGGUUGGAGGUGCUGAGAAAGAUUCGUUGGCAUUGGGAAAAUUUGGUACCCAUACCUGACUUGGAUCCAUAUCUUUAUGAUUCCACUACAAAUAUGGACCAAAGUAGCUCACUAGGCAUUGAUCUGCGUUAUAACAUUUUGCAUCAAAAAAUAUCUAUGGUGAAUUGUUGUAUUAUCCGUAAAUUACAAAACCUGCCCCAAAAUGGAAAUACAAAGAACUAUGAUACAAAGCCAGUUAGACAUCCUUCCGAUUUAUUCGAUAACAUUUCAAGCGAACAUGAGUAUAUUGAGGAUGCUGAAUCAGACGAUAGUGAUAUAUUUUUAGAUGCAGUGGAGGAAGAAUCUGUUAGUAGCGCCAGUAAACAGGAUUCAGCGUCAUCGUCCUUGAUAAUACCUAAUAACGCCAUGGCAGAAUCAUUCGUUAGUUUACCUUACAUACCCGCAUCAAAUAUCGCGGAUGAAUUGGAAGCAGAGGCAGCAACCAUCAAAGAUCCUAAGCUAUCAGAAGGUCAAUCGCACAAACAUGAUACCUUGAAACUACUGAAAACUGGUGAGGUUAUGCAAAUUCCAAUCACGCAGGAUCCUGGAUUUAUGACAGAAGAUAUGAUCCACGAACAAGCCAAUGUAUUUGAGAGUUUGGGUACAUCUGAAAAUGCCACUCAACAACGAGCUAAAUUACAAUCAGCGCAGCUCUAUUCAGAUAUGCAAGCGUUCAAAGCCGCCAAUCCCUUUGCUUGUUUGGAAGAUUUUGUGAGGUGGCACUCACCCAAAGAUUGGGUAGUAGAUGAUGGUGAAGAAGGAGGGCAUCUUAGUGCAAGAAUGUCUGAACCAAGUAAUAUCUGGCAAGAGUUAUGGAAAUGCUCCCGUAGAAUACCAUGCUCACGUCAAAAGCCGCUUUUCAACAUAUCUGUUGAAGCAGAAAAGGGGCUUUAUUUUUUGGAAACCACAUCAGUAUAUGAUUUUUUUUCAAUGUAA